CUUUUCCUCUUUUCAGAGGCAGACGGGUCAGACCAGCUGUUUAAGGAUCAGGUCAUAUUAAGGCAAACCGCAUCAAAGCGGAUGAAACUAGGUCAGACUGAAUCAAACCCGACUCGGAGCAGAUCAAAACGGAGCGGACCAGACUGAUCCAGGCGACACCAGGCGCGUCCAGGAAGCCUGUUCAAGUUUCCUUUCCAGUUGAGGGCUCAAGAGUGGAUGGAAGGAGAUGAUUUUAAUACAGAGGCUGUGAUGAACAUCUGUGAUGACCUGAUGGCAGACCAGCGGAUGGACAUCUCGUCUACAAUGACUGACUUCAUGUCCCCCAGUUCCACUGACCUCAUCUCCAGCUCCAUCAGCACGCCUGGCAUGGACUACAACCGCAAGAGGAAAGGCAGCAGUACAGACUACCAAAUUGAUGGCUUCUCAUUUGACGACAUGGAUCCAGAUAAGGAUAAACUGGGCAGUGACCACCAGGGCAGGAUCAAGAAUGCAAGAGAGGCUCACAGCCAGAUCGAGAAACGUCGGAGGGACAAGAUGAACAGCUUCAUCGACGAGCUGGCGUCUCUCGUCCCCACCUGUAAUGCGAUGUCCCGCAAACUGGAUAAGCUAACGGUCCUGCGUAUGGCGGUCCAGCACAUGAAAACACUCAGAGGCGCCGCUAACCCAUACACAGAGGCAAACUACAAACCUUCUUUUCUCUCAGAUGAUGAACUGAAGCAUCUGAUACUAAGGGCUGCUGAUGGUUUCCUGUUUGUGGUCGGGUGUGACCGUGGCAAAAUCCUCUUUGUUUCCGAAUCCGUGUACAAGAUUCUGAACUACAGCCAGAAUGACCUGAUAGGUCAGAGUCUGUUCGACUACCUUCACCCCAAGGACAUCGCUAAAGUCAAAGAGCAGCUGUCGUCCUCGGAUACAGCCCCACGGGAGAGACUUAUUGACGCUAAAACCGGUCUUCCCGUGAAGACGGACAUCACCCCCGGUCCAUCUCGACUCUGUUCUGGAGCCAGACGGUCGUUUUUCUGCAGGAUGAAGUGCAACAGACCGUCUGUUAAAGUAGAAGAUAAAGACUUCCCCUCCACUUGUUCCAAGAAGAAAGCCGACCGGAAGAGCUUCUGCACCAUCCACAGCACAGGGUACCUGAAGAGCUGGCCGCCCACUAAGAUGGGCCUGGACGAGGACAACGAGCCAGACAACGAGGGCUGCAACCUGAGCUGCCUGGUGGCCAUCGGCCGCCUCCACCCCCACAUCGUCGCCCAGCCCAGCCCGGCGGACAUCAGGGUGAAGCCCACAGAAUACGUCUCCAGACACGCCAUCGAUGGCAAGUUUGUCUUCGUCGACCAGAGAGCAACGGCUAUCCUCACCUACCUGCCCCAAGAGCUGCUAGGAACCUCCUUCUAUGAGUAUUUUCACCAGGACGACAUCAGCCACCUGGCCGAGUGUCACAGACAAGUGCUGCAGAUGAGAGAAAAGAUCAACACCAACUGUUACAAGUUCAAAAUCAAAGAUGGCUCCUUCAUAACGUUGAGGAGCAGAUGGUUCAGCUUCAUGAACCCCUGGACCAAGGAGGUGGAGUACAUCGUGUCUACGAACACUGUCGUAUCGUGUCCAAUGAUGGAAGGAUCUGAUUACCCUCAGUCUGCUGCAUCUCCGCAGAGUAUGGACAGCGUUCUGACCUCAGAGGGCGGGGGGAGACGGGCUCUGCAGACUGUUCCCGGCAUCCCAGGCGGCACGAGAGCGGGCGCCGGGAAGAUCGGCCGCAUGAUAGCCGAGGAGGUGAUGGAGAUUCAGAGGAUUCGAGGCUCGUCCCCCUCCAGCUGUGGCUCCAGCCCUCUGAAUAUAACCAGCACCCCUCCACCUGACACCUGCUCACCGGGGGGCAAGAAGAUCCAGAACGGCGGGACGUCCGAUCUGCCGAGCCAAGGGAUCAUUCCUGGACCCGACUCUGUAGGCUACCCUUACUCCAACCAGUCCAUCAUGAGCGAUAAUUCCCACCUGGGCAUAGACAUUAUGGACGAGCCCGGUUCCAGCAGCCCCAGCAACGACGAGGCGGCCAUGGCGGUCAUCAUGUCCCUGCUUGAGGCCGACGCCGGCCUGGGCGGCCCCGUCGACUUCAGCGACCUGCCCUGGCCUCUGUGAGGAAUCUGGGAGGGAAGAUCUGGAGCCACUGAUGGAGAGAGUUUGGUCAUCCUGUUUUUUUUUUUUUUUUGUUUCCCCCCUGGAUCUCCUGUUUUCUGCCAUCUGUACACAACUACACUGAAAAAAGAAAAAAACUUGCCGCCUUGAAAAA